GUGCUGGGCGGAGCCAGGUUAGCUGCCGCACAGGCCAGAGGACUGCUAACUAAGGGCUGCUCAGCGCUUUGCAGCUAAGAGCGAGACUGACAUGAAGCAGGGGAAGGGUCUGGCCAGCCUCACUCUGGCUAUCAUUCUUCUUCAAGGUACUAUGGCCAAGCUGAAACAAGAUGAGUAUUUAAAAGUGGAUGACAAUCGAGAAGAUGGUUCAGUACUUUUGACUUGUGACUUGGAAGAUAGAAAUAUCACAUGGUUUAAAGAUGGAAAGGAAAUACAUGCCUCACAGAAAGCUAAAAACCAAUACAACCUGGGAAGUGCUACCAAGGACCCUCAAGGGACGUACCAGUGCAAAGGAUCUAAUGUCUCAAAAUCACUCCAAGUGUAUUUUAGAAUGUGUCAGAACUGCAUCGAACUGAACGCAGCCACGGUAACUGGCUUCAUCUUUGCUGAAAUCGUCAGCAUUUUCUUCCUUGCUCUUGGGGUCUACUUCAUUGCUGGGCAGGAUGGAGUUCAUCAGUCACGAGCUUCAGACAAGCAGACUCUAUUGCCCAAUGACCAGCUCUACCAGCCCCUCAAGGAUCGAGAAGAUGACCAAUACAGCCACCUUCAAGGAAAUCAACUGAAGAAGAACUGAGCUCAGGACUCAGAGUGUUACCUCUUCUAUCCAGUUCUCAGCAGGAAAGCAAUACAUUUUGGAGAACUCUUAGCAGAGAGACUUCCAGCCCUCAAUCUAGACUUGAGCUCCCCAGUGGUGACAGAUGAAGAAGAAAGAUCAUCAGAACAAACUUGGGUUUUUCUCAAAAUUAGAUAGCCAAGAUAGACAGACAGAUGUAAAAACAUAUAAGGUGUUUCAAGAGCGUCACCUAUUGGGAGAUGAUUUUUCUGUAAAAGAAAAAUGAAAAAGUUAAACAAUCCCCUGUAUUUGCAUAGAAUUUUUUCAGGUUUUAGUUUUUACUUAGUUUUUGUGCAUAAUUCACAUGGUUUAAAACAUGCAGUAAAAAGCCACCCUCCGCCUCCAUCCCCCAGCCACAUAGUUGCCCUUCCCAGAAGCAAAUAAUAUAACUAGUUUCUUAUCCUUUAGGAGGUAUUCUAGGUAUAUAUGAGCAAAUUCUGAAGUACAUAUUCUUUCUCUCCUCCCGUUUUCUACACAAAUGGCAUCAUAUUAUAUACAUCUUAUACUUUUCACCUAAUAAAACCUGAAUAUUGCUUCACACUAGUUUUAAAAAGUGCUCUUUUUUUUGCAGCCACAUUGUACAAAUACACUAUAAUUUAUUUAUCCAGUCUCCUACUGGGGGAAAGUGGAGCCGUGUUGGUCCAGUGGUUAAGAUCUUUGCUGUCAACCAAAAGGUCAGCCGUUUGAACCCACUAGCUGCUCUGUAGGAGAAAGAUGUGGCAGUCUGCUUCUGUAAAGAUUACAGCUUUGGAAACCCUGUGAGGCAGUUCUACUCUGUCCCAUAGGGUCGCUAUGAUUCCGAAUCAAUUCAACAGCAAUGGGUUGGGUUAUCUACUGAAGGACAUUUAAGUUGGCUCUUAUCUUUUGCCCCUACAACAAUGACUAACAUUGUAUAAAUGUCGUUUCUUUUAAACAAUUUUUAUUGAGAUGUAAUUUAAAUGUCGUAAGAUUGACCCAUUUUAAGUGAUUUCACCUGUUUUCCGUGAUUUUUUUUUUUUUAGUAACUUUACCCAGUUGUACACAAUCAUUAUAAUCCAGUUUUAGAGCAUUUCCAUUACCUUCUUAAGAUCCUUUGUGCUGUUUGCAUUUACUCCCUGUUCCCACCCCAGCCCCAAGCAACCACUAAUAUUUUUUCUCUCUUUAGAUCUGCCUUUUCUGACAUUUCAUAUAAAUGGAAUCAUACAAUACCUGGUCUUUUGUAUCUAGCUUUUUUCACUUAGCAUAAUGCUUUCAAGCUUCAUCUAUGUUAUAACACGUAUAAGUACUUUGUUUCUUUUUAUAAUGAAUGGUAUUCAUUGCAUGGGUAUAGCAUGUUUUGUUUGUCCAUUCACCAGUUGAUGGACAUUUGAGUUGUUUCCAUUUUUUAAUUGUGAUGAAUAAUGCUGCUAUGAACUUUCUCCUGCAAGUCUUUGUGUGGACCUAUGUUUUUGUUUCUCUAGGGUAGAUACCAAGGAGUGAAGAAUUGCUCAGUCAUAUGGUAAAUUUAUGUUUAGCUUUUUAAAAAACUGCCAAACUGUUUUCCAAAGUUGCCAUACCAUUGUACAUUCCCACUGGCAAUGGAUGAGAGUUUCUGUUUCUCCACAUCCUCA